AUGAUGUCAUCAACAAUGACUGGAGAAAAAUGUGAAAAUGAGACUAAGGUGACAUGGUGUGUGGUAUGGUUCACAGAGUCUAAAGAAUAUAGUGUAAUUCCAACUAAUUGGAUUGUAAAAAAUAAUGAAUCUCAAAGUGAUUCAUUAUUUUGCAAAUGGCCCCCUUAUAAGGUCACCAGUGACCAUUUAAAAAAAGCCAUAACUCCAUCCCAGUCAUGGAAAACUUAUAGGGUGAAAUUUGUUGGAGUCAAUAAAACUUAUGAUAACUUCAACAAGGCAUGGCAUAAAAAAGUAAAAGAACAAUAUUCUUCUACGGACACAAAUGAUUCGUCAAAAAAUAAAAAUAAAAGAUUUCUUAUGUGUCCUUCUGAUGAUACUGAUGAUGAUGACAAUGAUGAUGAUAAUGGUAUCAAUUUUAACAUAUUGCCAUGUAAACAAGUAGUAAGUACUCCAUCAGUUGCCCUGGAACCAAUUAAUUAUGGAGCUUCUACCUCAUCUAUAAUUAGUCAAUUCUAUGCAGAAAAUAACGUGAACGUAGAAGAAACUAUGCAAUAUACCGAAAUGCAGCCAAAAAGAGUUGAACAACUAGAAUAUCCUCAAAAUCAUUCAUUCGCCGAGGAUACAAGUUGUUUUAAUCCUGUAUCACACGAUUCACCUUUAAAUUUCAAUGGAAAUGAUAGAUGCUCAUCUCAAGUUGAUGAAAAAUUAAAUAAAAUAAUUUCGGAGCAAAUAGGAAUCAAAUUAUUGUUGAAUCGCAUCUUGUCUAAAAUAGAAACUAACUCAUUAAGUAAUAGUCAAAAAUCAAUCAAUUUGAAUGAAAGUUUUGUAUGCAAAUUUCCUAUGAACGAUACUGAAGACUUUAUAUCAGUCCAAAACUGUAUAUUGAAUGAAUUUGAUUUCAAAUCUAAACUGGAAUAUUUUAUCAAAACCAUUGGUGGAAACACUCCUAAAAACCAUGUUACCAGAGUUAUGUCUAAACUGUUUAGUGAUAAGUAUGGGAUUGAGUGUACCUGGACAGGCCGUGGCAAAAACAUUAGUACUAAAAUUGGAGACUCAGAUCUCAUAAAGAUAAUGAAAAAGUCUAUACAAGAAAGCUGUACUAACACUACCAUCACUGAUGCUGAAUUUGAAAGGGUGGUAUCAGAAUGGCUGAGACACGCAAACACCAGAUGUAGUAGACAAAAAAUUUAA